AUGAGUCGACAGACGAGGCGAAUGGGCAUAUCGCUGGAUGCCUCCAAUGUGUACGAAAUGGACCCAUGGAAAGACGACCGGUGCAGAGACUUCAUUGCACUCAAUACAAUUCAGCGUUUGCGUUCAUAUCACGCCAACACCACGCUUCCUGUAGAGCCAAUAAACGCUGCACGGGCAAAGAACCUUCACCUCCUACUCGCAGCGGAGCCAGAUGAAAGAAUUUGCACGUCAGAGGACGGCUGUGCAGUUGACAUGGCUCGCAUCAUCUUCUUCGGCCCUAUGGCUUUUGUUUCUAAAACAUCAGCAGGUCGCAUGACCGCUUCUCCACACAUUACGAGCCAUAGCGGCAGCAGAGGGGAUACUGACAAUGUCGAAGAAACCUCGAGAGCGUCUCUGCUAGUUGUAAGCAAGGAUGAAGAAAAUGGAGGAGGGAGGGUGAGCUCGAGUAGCGAUGGCAACAAAAGGUUGCGGGAACAAAGUGACGCGUUUGAAGCUGGUGCAACGCCACUUAAGCGAGUAAUUACAGAGGGAAAUGGGGGAACGCCAUCGCCGCAGCUGCCGGAGCGCUCUCUCCCAGUUGCUGUGGGCCAGGGGGGAGGCGCAAGCUCCGAUAGAAAAACCUCUCGCCAGGUAAGUGGAAAAUCGGAUGUGGUGAAGUUCUCUUGCGCUAUCGUUGACACUAUAGUGUCCUACUACCAAUCUCUGUUGACACGCGGUGUUGUCUUAGACAGGUUUAGCUCGAAAGACCUUGCCUUCUCAUGGUGGGUUGUGUGCCGCAACAUGGACGUUGAGGUGUUAAAGAACCACGUUGGCCCCACCCGCCGUGACACGCUUCUGAUUUCUCUGCGGCACUUCUACUAUGAACUGCUCUCAAAUUUCCACCCCAAGAAAAGCGUCCCGCAGGAACCUAGCAACACCCUCUCAGUAGCCGCAAAGCAAAAGGUAGAAGAGACGGAUGAGGGCGGUGGGGAGGAGGACAAACUUCCAAACACUCAAGCUACUCGGAAGCGAGCGCCACCGCAGCGCAAAGCCGAGGCAACCGAAAAUAACGUAGCGGAAGAAGAAGAGGAAAAUGACGAAGAGAAACCGCGUCUGAGAACCCGGUUUGAUUCAACACGAAACGGACCUCCACCCCCGGGCACACGCAGUCGGCACCGCGGGCACCGACCAAAAGAAAGUAGCACUGGUGGGGAAGUCAGUGAAGUGAGGUCUGCCACAAAACCCACCGGCAGCGGCCCUAACAAAACUUGGGAAGCGAGCGGUCAUACUCGAUCUUCCGCGAAGUUAGCUACAGGGACGAAGGAGAAGGCCACAGAAGUUGUGAAGGCAACCGUAGAAUCCCGUACCAUCGCACGUAGCAGCAGGGUAUCCGCUCCUGCAGCGGCUGCUGAGUCGAAUGAGAAGAAGGAUCCUCCGGUCAGCGAUGUGGCAGAAGCACCGGACGCUGCGAAGCGCCUUCGACCACCGCGGUCGGCGUGUUUGGCAGAAAUCUGGAGGUCUAUCCGCCCUACGCGAAGACGCAGUGCGCAGGUCGGUGGCACCAUUGAUUCUGUGCAGGAUGGGGUAGCGACCGGUGGAUUGAAGCCCCCAAACUACGUAGCUUCGUGCAGUGCCGUUGUUGAACGCAUUCACGAACGUAUGGAAGAUGAUCCUGUGUACGCGGCGCUGUUUACAGCAUUCCCACAAAACAACAAAAAUUCAACUAAGGUAGAAGACGGCUCUCAAAAUCACGAUACGAAAGAAACUGAAUCUGAAGUUGAGCACGGCAUGCACCCCUCGCUCAUUCAGUUGCUUCGCUACUACCACACGGGUUCCUCAACUCCGUCAAUCCCAUUGGUGAAAUUUGACGAGGAGAACGUUAAGAACGAAGCGCGGCAACAAACUCGGCCAUCAACAAAUGAGGAAGAAUUGGAGGGACAACAGGCGGGUCCCUCCGUUCUGUGCACAAAUGGGGUGGAAAAGGUGACAACCGAUGUUGAAAAGACCGGUCGCUCUGACGUGUGCAACCCUGAGAGCAGCAGCCCACUGAUGCACCAAUCCUGCCCUUUCUCCGCCCUAACUUACGCUCAACGUUGCCUAUUAACGUGGGAGGCGUCACUUCUGCUUGAUACGCAGCAGCCACAGCCGGCCAGGAAAAGGCAAGCGGCCGCUAGCGGGCAGACGCACAAUGCUGUGCCAUUGGAGCCUUCUCCGCGACGCAACUAUUACGAUUAUUGGACGUGUCAACGAAUGCCCAAACCCUCAUGA